UCAUUUUUCCAAUUUUAAAUAUUUCUAAAUUGAAAUAUUUCCAAUUUUAAAAUAUUUUCAAUUUGGAAUUUUUCCAAUUUUAAAUAUGAGAUUUUUUCUAUUAUAGACUAAAAAUAGAUGAAAUUUACAUUUAUGACCCCAAAAAAGGAAAUAAACAAAAAUGGAAAUUAAAAAGUUGUUAAUUACAAAAAUGCCGGCUGAGAAAACGGAAAGGGAAACUCCAUCUUCUUCGUGACCAGCCGAUCCUUCUUCGUGACCCAGCCGUCCAACCCCAACAACCCAAUCUCAACCAUUUUUCUUCCAAAAACCAGCAAAAUCAAAUUCAAUUCAAAAUGUAGAACUCCUAGGAAACCAGCUGAAUCCCGAAAAUCCAAAAUCAAAAACGAAAAGGAAAAAAAAAAACCAGGAAACCUCCAUUGAUGUACAAAAAAAACUCAAAAACAACAAUCAUUGAACAAAGAAAUCGCGAUCAGAGGAGAAGAACCGAGUAGAAGGAGAGCUGGAAAUCAAAGAAACUCACCCAUGAUUGAAUCAGAAGGAGAAUUGAAGGAAACGGAACCAUUACAAAUAUUGGUGCAGAGCAAUGGGCAUUGGGAUGACAACAGAAACUAUGUUGAUUAUGAAUCAAGUGGAGAAUUAAUUUCGACCAAGUGCACUUUUGAGGAACUAAUGAGAAUAAUGAUGGAAGAACUCCAAUGCAACCAUGAAUCAACACAACUACAACUGAAAUAUCAACUGAAGGAAGGAGGCCAACCACUACAAAUCAAGGAUGACAAAAGUCUGUUGUUCUACAUAAAGCUAUUAACGAAGGAGGUUGAUUUCACAAGGUACCCAUUGUGUCUGAACAAAACCAGUAACACGGCACCACCUAACCAAACAAUGGUGUGGAACAAUAUGAUCAUGGAAUCGUAUGAGAACAACGCAGCACAGGAAGACUUGCAGCAACCUGGAAACAACACGGCAACAACUUCCAAGCAACAACUAUCUGCGCAGACGAUGGGAUCUGGUGAAGUUGAUGCAUUUUUCCUAGAAACAAGAAUAAAUGUCAUCGAAUCAACCAUACAACAACCGUACAACAACAGAGAAAAAACUACAGCAGUAGAUGAAGAUUUCGACUUCACCGACUAUGCAAAGCUUGUGGCUGCGAAAUGGUACAAAGAACUAGAAAACAACCAGAAGAAGAAGAGGAAGUGGACAAACACGUAA